UAUUUUGUCCUGGAAGAAAACACAGCUCAGCUAGUUUUCUGCACGAAAUCUGCCCACCUGCAUCGACUAAAGACAUCUUCCGCAAAGCUGGCGGUUCAAAGCGGAGCUGCAGAAAAAGCGUCGUCAUCCUUGGUCAUGGCCGGAAACGGAAACUGGGACGGCGCUGGCGGGAUGGACCAGAUAACGGUGGUGAGAAUAGAUGACACUCACAUUGCGGAAGAGCAGUCGCACGUUGGUGGGAAGGUGUUCUACGAGGUGGAGUACUCGGUGCCUGUGGAGGAGGAGGUUGUGGGAGAGGACGAUGAUGACGGCGUCUACGUCAUCGAGUAUUCGAACCCUGAAGAGGAGGGAGAAAGUUACCAGUUCACGAUGUCCGUAGACCGGUCGCUUCCAGCAAAAAAGCAGAGUGCUAAAAACACAGCCGUUAGCGAGAACCCCAUAGCCCCUCUGCCAUCCAGACCGCAGAGGUUGCGACCCCAGGUGAGCCAGAAGAGGAGGGUGGCAGCAGAGGAAGAAGAGGUCAAAAGCGAGGAGUUGGUGGUGAGCAAUAAGAGCGUGCUGGCACUGGGGGAGGAUUACAGCGAUGUGAUGAAGAUGAACUCAGGCUCAGGUAAAAAACUGGUGUGUACGAUGUGCCCGCCACCCGGCAAGUUCUUCAAGAGGGCGUCCGGGCUGGCUGUGCAUUUAAAGCAGAUGCACCACAUGGAGGGGAAGAAGACGUUCUUCUGCACCUCCUGCCAGCAGUCGGUCCGCACUCAGAUCGAGCUGGACGCCCACACGAGACGCCACGCCAACCAGGACGCCGUGUUCGUUUGCCGCCUCUGCGCGGCCGAGACGGAAACCGGCACAGAGGAGAAGAAAGGGUUCAAAGGGUCGAGGUGGGGUCUGAAGAAGCACCUGGAGAAGGAGCACCCGGGUGUCAUCCCACGCUGCGACAUCUGCAACAAAGGAUUCAAGUCGCUCGUGUCGUACCUUGCCGACCAGUUCAGGCACGUCGGGGUGUCGCCGUACUACUGCGCCAAGUGUCAGAUCUACGAAAUGACUGAGCGAGGGCUGAGCGUGCACAUCAAAAACCACAACAAGAAGAAGAAGAGUGAGCAGGAGGCGAGCGAAAGCCUCCCGCAGACUUUUGGAGUCUCCGCCGCUGCCGAUAACUCGGCCACAGACGACUCCGACUUCUGACCCUCCAGACUCACCGUUUAGCUCCGUGCUCGAGUGAAUUGGCACCAGCUCACGGACCUCGUCUGUGUCAGGGUCAGAGCCCACAUUUUAUGCAUCCGAACUGAACUUUGGACAACAAAACAGUUUUAACAGUUUUCGUUGAUGUUGUUGUACAGUUUAUGACCAAAUAUGUUAUUGCUAAAGUAGAAGUGUAUAGGAAUUAUCUGAAUUCCCUCUCACUGGUUCCUUUUUUUCAGUAAUUGAUGAAAUGGGAGAAAAAAAUCAGACCAGUCUCAAAGAAAACCGUCUGGUAACGGUCAAAAUUGAGCACAAGCCAAACCCCGUCCAUAUAAAUACUGUGUGUGUAUUUAAGAGCCAUUUUACACUUAUAAAUGUUGUAUUCAGUGACCACAUCUUUUUUUUAAUGUCACUGAAAUGUGUGGCACGCACACCCAAAGUCAGUUUAGUCUUCUUUCCUUGCAGGUUAAUCCUGGAUGAUCACGACUGCGAGUCCAUCAGAAGCGUCUUCCAGCUUCAGCUCGCUUGUAAUAGCCUCGGGUCUAUUUUUCCUUAAAGGAAGUCCUUUUAAGCAGCACAGAGCAGUAAGUCAGACACAGGAAACAUAUAAACAGCGUAAAGAAUAUGAAUUUUCAAAAUAAAAUACUGUGCAGACUAAACUCUCUGUUUCUGAACCGCUCCCGGCCCGUGUGUUUCAGAGUUAUGUUUACAGGCCUGUGCAGAGAACGGGGUUACACAUCGCUGUGGUCAAGUUUACUCUGAAACGUCAGCAUAGAAGCUCAUUUUCUUCAGUAAAGGUGCUUCCCUGUGCUAUUUUAGCCGAGCUGUAGUUCAGCUUACGAUGAGGCGCUGCUGCUGCUGCCGUGGCUGGUGGUGUCAACACCUUAGAACUAACAGCUAAAUACCACUAUGCAUUUAUAGAAUGAGUAUAUUUAGACUAGAAUGCCUCCUGGGUGCCUCCUAACAUGACAUGAUGGAGAAAUCGUGUCUCUGGGAAGGCGUGGGAACACUGCAGUGGAAAAGUGAAUUUUUGCUGCAGUAGUGCUCAGAGUCCUCGGGGCAGAAGUUUCAGUAAUUUGAUGGCUUUCUUGUUGUAGCCCCUCCCACAGCCACCUGACAUCAGUGUUUCUAAUACUGAGGCCAAUACUUCUGGCGGCACCCUGACCCCGCCAGGUUUUUGGUACCAGCAGCAGUUUUUCUUUUCUUUUUUUUUUUUUGGGCUGAAAACCCUCAGAUCUGAUUCUAGAUCAGGUUCCAGCACAGAUUUGGUGAAAAAGUGGUAAACGUGUCCCAGAAAACAUUUUUAAACCUGCAUUUUAAACAUUUGUUGGUUCCUAAAUUUGAUGCUUUUCAGUCACAUCACCUGUUCUUCCUUUAUGGCAUUUUAAGGGUCUGAGGAGAAAGCCAGAAAGCUGCUAAAUAAAAUCCUUAUGUUCUGUUGAAGCAGAGCUCAAAACACUAAUACUUUAAUAAGUGUUCAUUAGGAAAAAAACAGGAAACUACAUUUCCAGGAAGUUACUGACAGAUGACUGAUUUUUUUGGUCGUGCUACCUUCUCUGAGGGCAUUCACCAAGGUGGAAAAAGUGUCAAAUACUCAACAGAAAAAAAAGCCAAAAAAUAGAGAAAUGUCAUAAAAAAUACAAAUAAUUUAGUGUAACAGAAAUGCAGAUCUCUCUUUAUUGUUACACGGCCACUUUAGACUCAUCGUAGGACCCUUUUAGUGGUCUCUGGCCACAGAUUGGGAACUGCUGAAGUAUUACAGUCAUGUUUGUCUUUGUGAUUUUUUUUUACUGAAAUCUGCAUCAACACUAUGAAACAUAAACUCAGUUCAAGGCCAAAUUGUGGAUUUUAAGGAAACGAUCAUGUGAGCCGAGUCAUUUUAUGAGCCGAAACAGUUUAUUUUAUUUUAAACUCAUCGAAUCAUGACUAAUGAACUGAGUUUGGAGCGUAAACACUGAAAAUGGAGCAUUUUUUUCAUGGUUUUCUAAUUGAAAUGCAGUGUUUGGAGUUUUGCUGUUUUUAUGUUCUGGGAUGUUUUUAUUCUUUGCUGUGGUGCUUCAAUUUGUCUCUGCAACAUGCAUUA